CUGAUUGAUAACUAGUGAGUGACAGUAAGGGACAGGCUGAUUGAUAACUGAGUUACAGUAAGGGACAGGCUAAAUGAUAACUAGUGAGUUACAGUAAGGGACAGACUUAUUGAUAACUAGUGAGUGACAGGCUGAGUAAAAACUAAUGAAUGACUGUGAGGGACAGGCAGGGGCUCAGUGAUAACUAGUGAGUGACAGACUUAGUGUUAACUAGUGAGUGACAGACUUAGUGAUAACUAGUGAGUGACAGGCUUAGUGAUAACUAGUGAGUUACAGUGAGGGACAGGCUGAGUGAUAACCAGUGAGUGACAGGCUGAGUAAAAACUAAUGAAUGACUGUGAGGGUCAGGCAGGCUGAGUGAUAACUAGUGAGUGACAGGCUGAGUAAAAACUAAUGAAUGACUUGAGGGACAGGCAGGCUGAGUGAUAACUAGUGAGUGACAGGCUGAGUAAAAACUAAUGAAUGACUUGAGGGACAGGCAGGCUGAGUGAUAACUAGUGAGUGACAGGCUUAGUAAUAACUAGUGAGUGACAGGCUGAGUGAUAACCAGUGAGUGACAGGCUGAUUAAAAACUAAUGAAUGACAGUGAGGGACAGGCUGAGUGAUAACCAGUGAGUGACAGUGAGUGACAGGCUGAGUAAAAACUAAUGAAUGACUUGAGGGACAGGCAGGCUGAGUGAUAACUAGUGAGUGACAGGCUUAGUAAUAACUAGUGAGUGACAGGCUGAGUGAUAACCAGUGAGUGACAGGCUGAUUAAAAACUAAUGAAUGACAGUGAGGGACAGACUGAGUGAUAACCAGUGAGUGGCAGGCUGAGUGAGUGACAGGCUAAAUGAAAGACAGGCAGUAGUCAUUGAGGGAAAGGCUGAGUGAUAGACAGUCAGUGGUCAGUGAGUGACAGGCUAGGCUGAGUGAUAAACAGGCAGUGGUCAGUGAGUGACAGGCUGAGUGGUAGACAGGCAGUGGUCAGUGAGUGACAGGCUGAGUUAUAGACAGGCAGUGGUCAGUGAGGGACAGGCUGAGUGGUAGACAGGCAGUGGUCAGUGAGUGACAGGCUGAGUGAUAGACAGGCAGUGGUCAGUUAGGGACAGGCUGAGUGGUAGACAGGCAGUGGUCAGUGAGUGACAGGCUGAGUGAUAGACAGGCAGUGAUCAGUGAGGGACAGGCUGAGUGAUAGACAGGCAGUGGUCAGUGAGUGACAGGCUGAGUGGUAGACAGGCAGUGGUCAGUGAGGGACAGGCUGAGUGAUAGACAGGCAGUGGUCAGUGAGUGACAGGCUGAGUGGUAGACAGGCAGUGGUCAGUGAAGGACAGGCUGAGUGGUAGACAGGCAGUGGUCAGUGAGUGACAGGCUAGGCUGAGUGAUAGACAGGCAAUGGUCAGUAAGUGACAGGCUGAGUGAUAGAUAGGCAGUGGUCAGUGAGUGACAGGCUGAGUGAUAGACAGACAGUGGUCAGUGAGGGACAGGCUGAGUGGUAGACAGGCAGUGGUCAGUGAGUGACAGGCUGAGUGAUAGAUAGGCAGUGGUCAGUGAGUGACAGGCUGAGUGAUAGACAGGCAGUGGUCAGUGAGGGACAGGCUGAGUGGUAGACAGGCAGUGGUCAGUGAGGGACAGGCUGAGUGAUAGACAGGCAGUGGUCAGUGAGGAAUAUGCAGCCUGUGACAGACAGCUAGACAGUGGUGAAAACUGUGGAAUGUGACUCUGGCUAUUAUGUAUCUCAUAGACUGACUCACACUGCUAAUAAAAUGCAUCUUCUUCAUACAGACCCACGUACACUCACUUGUCUUGUUAUACUCAUCUCCAGGACCAGGAUGGAUGUUGUAGUGUCACGGCUGUGUGGUACGUUCCCAUCAGACCCCUUGCCGGUUUGGGUCAGAGGACAAGUCGGUCCCUGCUUCAAUCAGCUGAUCCUGAGCUGUAUACCACACCUGGUUAUUGCUGUGAUCAGUGCGUGCCAUGCCGGGGCUCCCAGGCGCUGUGUUCCCAGACAACCCAGCUCGGCUUGGAUUUGUCGGGUGGUCAUUGCACUCAUCCUUGCUGCUUUUGCUUUACUUGAUCUUGUCUUGGGAGCUGUUUUCCCUCAGGAACUUCCCUCCACCCUAGGAGUGUUGUCAGGGGGCGUGUCUUGUUUAUCGCUGUUGACUCACUUCUUGGCGCUGUUUAUGCUAAGACAUUCCCAGUACAGCAGCACUAGAGGACCCAUAAGCCUUGCGCUGCCCAUUCUUCUGCUCAUUCCCCCUCUGGUGAUCACUGUUGUGUGGUUGUAUAAUGAAGGAGCUUUAUCUGCCCCACUUCAUCCCAUACUCCUCACCCGUUUCACAGUGUCUUGUUUACGUCUUUUUUGCCUUAUUGUUUAUUUUUUGGCUUUUAUUUUCCCCUUCUCAAACUCAAGAGCUUUUGCUUCAGGUUCCAUCAAUGCUGAUGAUGACCUGUCCCCUCUGCUCUUUACUCUUGAAACUCCCAGUCGGCAGGAACCAGCUGAGGAUGGUGAGAGUUGGUUAUCUAGGUUCUUCUAUCUAUGGAUGAGUCCUCUUAUGCAGAGUGGGGCUUGUGGAAAACUAAAUCGCCCUCAAGAUGUCUACCUACUUCCUGCGCGUCUUCAAACUAAUAGAAUACGCAAACAAUUUCUGUCCAAGAGCAGCUCAGGAGCACAAGGAGUAUUACGCCUUCUCCCCACUCUGCAUGCCUGUUUUGGGGUUCGUUACUACUCUCUAGGGCUACUAAAGUUAUUCGCAAACUUGCUGGGGUUUUUGGGUCCUCUGCUUCUCAACUUGCUUGUAAAUUUCAUGGAAACUGCUGGGGAGCCUCUAAGCUGGGGAGUUCUUUAUACCAUAGCCCUUUUUGCCAGUGGGUUUUUUGGCGCCCUGCUUCAGAAUCAGUUCACGCAAGAGCUGAAUAAAUUAAUGCUAGCUGUACGAGCUUCUGUGCUUUCUAGUGUGUAUCGCAAGGCACUGCGUGGGGAAGGAACAGGCCUGGCCGGAUUCUCCCCAGGGGAGGUGGUGAACUUCAUGAGUACAGAUGCAGAUCGGAUCUCCAAUUUUUGCCGCAGCUUCCAUGAACUUUGGGGCCUCCCACUUCAGUUCUCAGUCACUCUAUAUCUCCUAUACCUGCAAGUUGGAGCCGCCUUCCUGGGAGGGCUGGGCCUGGCACUUCUAUUGGUGCCACUUAACAAGGUGAUCGCUAGCGGUAUCAUGAAGAACAACAAAGAGAUGCUAAAGCAUAAAGAUGCCCGAGUUAAGCUGAUGACAGAGCUCCUCUCUGGUAUGAGAGUUGUAAAGUUUUACACGUGGGAAGAGCACUUUUCGCAUUCUGUGAGCGCUCUGAGGGAGAAGGAACUGCGCAGUCUCCGUGCAAUCAAGUUGUUAGAUGCUCUCUGCGUGUAUUUGUGGGCAGCGCUGCCCGUCCUUGUCUCUAUUAUCACUUUUAUCACCUACGUCCUGCUGGGACACCAGCUCACAGCUGCAAAGGUGUUUACAGCCUUGGCUUUAGUCGGGAUGUUAAUUCUACCUCUCAACAAUUUCCCAUGGGUGCUGAAUGGGGUUUUAGAGGCAAAAGUGUCCUUGGAUCGGAUCCAGCUAUUCCUCGAUCUCCAAGAGCAGAACCUGCUGACUUACUACAGCCAAGCACCACCAACAGAUCCUUCCUCCAACUUGGAACUGCGUGAAGCUGCAUUUUCUUGGGUGUUAGAUCCUGAGUGUGUGAUCGGGUCGUGCAGAUCAGGCUCUCUUCAGUUGUCCAUCCAACAUCUCUCUAUCCACAAGGGAUCUUUAGUUGGAGUUGUUGGAAAAGUUGGUUCUGGAAAAAGUUCUCUCUUGGCAGCAAUUACAGGAGAACUUCACAGGUUACGAGGAGACCUGUUUGUUUCCCAUGAGGAGUUUGGAUUCGGCUUUGCAGCUCAGGAGCCCUGGAUCCAGUUUGCCACCAUAAGAGACAACAUUCUGUUUGGGAAGGAGUUUAAUGGACAUCUGUACCAGGAAGUCAUUAAAGCUUGUGCCCUAACGGACGACCUCAGUAUUUUGCCAGCUGGAGAUCAGACAGAGGUUGGAGAGAAUGGGGUCACUCUUAGUGGGGGGCAAAAGGCUCGAGUGGCUUUGGCUAGAGCUGUUUACCAGGAGAAAGAUAUUUAUCUCCUUGAUGACCCCUUGGCUGCAGUAGAUGCUGAUGUGGCUUCUCACUUGAUGGAAAGAUGCAUUCUGGGCAUCCUUAGGGGCAGAACCAGGGUCUUGUGCACUCACCGGACUGAACUGCUGGGCAAGGCAGAUGUGCUAGUGCUGCUAAGUGAUGGGAAGAUCAUCUGCUCAGGCCCUCCUGAUAAGAUCCUGCCAUUGGUUGAAACCAACACGAAGCUCAGAGACUCAGAAGAACGGACAAAGGAGAAUGCCGUCUGUAAAGGUGUAGACGAUGAUAACGGACAUCAGACAGACCCAGUGACUGCCUCUGCUCUCGGGGAGGAGGAGAAGAAAGAAGGAGCGGUUGCCCUGCAGGUGUAUGGGGCGUACUGGAGAGCGGUUGGGGGAUUUCUGGCCGGCUGUGUAUUACUUUCAUUAUUUCUUAUGCAAGCUUCCAAAAAUGUUUCAGAUUGGUGGUUGUCGCAUUGGAUAUCGAACCUUCCUGAUACUUCUGGGAACACUUCACUUGUGGAGCUUUCUCAGGCUUUCCUGUCGCCUCCUCUGCUCCUCUUCGCUCCUGGGGGGCUGAUAUCUCCUGUUUCCUCUGUGCAACUAGCAGAGAACAGCUCUCUGGGUUUGACAUUCUACAUGUCUGUAUACGGGGGCAUCGCAGCUGCAAACACCAUCUUUUCUGCCCUACGUGCUUUGCUCUUUGCACUGGGCAGUGUACGAGCAGCCACAGUGAUCCACAAGCGUCUGCUAAGGAGAGUCCUGCUGGCAACAGUGACAUUCUUUGACACAACACCGAUUGGAAGAAUCAUUAACCGCUUCUCUUCUGACCUGUAUUGUGUGGAUGAUACUCUUCCAUUCAUUCUCAACAUCUUCCUGGCUAAUGUGUUUGGCUUGCUUGGGAUGCUGGUGAUGAUCAGCUUUGGUCUGCCCUGGAUUCUACUUGUGCUGGUGCCACUGGGGCUGCUGUAUUACCACAUCCAGCGUUUUUACAGACACACAUCCCGCGAGCUAAAGCGGUUGCACAGUAUCACCCUGUCGCCCAUCUACAACCACUUCUCUGAGACUAUGACUGGUCUUAGCACCAUCCGAGCCAUGCGCCACAUUGACAGGUUUGAGCUGGAGUGCGAGUCUCGGUUAGAGCUGAACCAGCGAUGUCUGUUUGUCAGUAACACAGCCGCCCAGUGGCUGGACAUUCGUCUUCAGAUGAUUGGGGUGAUUGUGGUCACAGCCAUUGCUGUUAUUGCUAUAAUACAGCACCAGCGGGCAGCUGGGAAUCCAGGACUGGUAGGAUUAGCUCUAUCAUAUGCUCUCUCCAUCACCGGCCUCCUCUCAGGGCUGAUCUCAAGCUUCACUCAGGCAGAAGCCAUGAUGGUGAACGUGGAACGGGCAGAGGAAUAUUCUACCACUCUGCCAUCUGAGCCUGCUAAUGGCACCAUAGAGGUUGAAUCUGAUUGGCCAAGUAAAGGUCACAUUGAGUUCAGGGAUGCUGUUCUUUGCUAUCGUCUGGGACUUCCCAAUGCACUAGAUGGAGUCAACUUCACCAUAUAUCCAGGGGAGAAGAUUGGCAUUGUGGGCAGGACAGGGUCAGGGAAGUCCACCUUAUUCCUGGCCCUGUUCCGGAUGAUAGAGCUGAAUGCCGGGCUUAUUCUGAUUGACAACUUGUCCACCCGCCAUCUAAGCCUAGAGCUACUGAGGUCUAGACUUGCUAUCAUUCCUCAGGAUGCUUUCUUGUUCAGUGGCAGUGUUCGGGAGAAUCUGGAUCCAUUGUCACAUCAUACUGAUGGAGAACUGAUCAGUGUUCUGGAGCAAUGCCACCUAUGUGACCUAGUGACCCGUAUUGGAGGGCUGGAUGCCGAUGUUGGUGACAGAGGGAAAAACUUCUCAUUGGGGCAGAGGCAGCUUCUGUGUCUUGCCAGAGCCCUGCUGACCCAUGCAAAGAUUCUCUGCAUUGAUGAAGCAACAGCGAGUGUCGACCACCAGACAGACCAGUUACUGCAGCAAACUAUCCGCGAGAGAUUCAGGGAGCGCACUGUGCUAACGAUCGCACACAGGUUGAACACUAUCCUGGACUCAGAUCGUAUACUGGUGAUGCAUGCUGGGAAGGUGGUUGAGAUGGACCCUCCUGAGGUCCUGAGCAAAAGGAAGGACUCACACUUUUACAAACUCAUACAUGGAGGGCAACUCUAAGGAGCAGUACCCACAAUAUGUGCAAGGGGUUCAGGGAAUACAGGGUGGUGGAAACUUGCCGGGUUGAGGGCAAUCAUGAAGAGUGGGUCAGCCCAUUAUAUCUAUAAAGCAGGAAAUUCAUUUGAAAGGUGAGAAGUCCAAGCAGCACAUGAAGCUUCUAAUUGGCUAAGUGGAGAGGAUAGGGAGAGUCCAUAAGGCACAUCAGAGAGGUGGGAAAGCUGUGAAGAGUAGGGGGAACAGAAAACAAGCACAAAUCUUCAGCAUUAUGUUGUUAGGGGGUAGACAAACAUCAACUUGAAGCAAGAGAACAUUUGAAUGUGAUCACUGUGUGACCAAGAGGUGGGGAGACCACGUAAUGUGGUUAAAAUGAUACAUCAUAUGCAGUAUAUGGUACAGGGAAGAUAUAGUGCAGUAUGGUAGUGGAAAGCUCACCCAGCAAAGGCAACUUAUGGGGAGUCCAUAUAGUGUGACAGAGACCUACUUGACUCAGGAGAGACAAAGCUGUGAGUUAAACCACUAGUGCAACAGAGGAAGAAAAUCCACAAGACUCAGGAGAGUGUAAGGUAGGAAAUGUGAGGCCAUGUGGUGCUGGGAAGGGAGUUUUAAGCAGAAGCAGUAAGGUAGGAAACCUACACACCACCUAUACAAGUGCCACUUUAUAUUUAUCCCUUAUUCAUUUUAUGAAUAAAACAAAUAAAGCUGUGCGGCUUUAGGUUAUUAUGCCCAUGUAUCUUCUUAUGAGAUCUCUGUGCUCAGAUGACAAACACACACCCAUUAUUAAUGUUCAUUUUCUUAGCUGAUACUGAUACAUAUCCAGUAGGGCUGUGCAAUAUGGGGGAAAAUAUUAUGAUUUUUUCUGUUCAAAUGUUGUGAUUUUUAAUUGCGAUUUUAUUAAAAUAUUUUUAUAAACACA